CUAAAAAACCCAGUCACAGCUUUCACAUUGUCCUUAGUAACUCUGUCUCUCUGUCUCUUGUUCUCUUUAACUCUUGCUUCCUGGGGGAUAAUCAGCCAUUGCCUGCGGCAGGGUUGGGAAGAGAGGUUCUCUCAAAUGGAUGUAAUGCGUAAAAUCAAAACGGUCUUAACAUUAAUAGGAGGAGUUCUAAAUAAGGCAGUGAGCUUCAUUGUCUUCUGUAUUCUUGACCUUCUUGAUUUCAUUCUAUGUUUUGUUUACAAAGUGGUUGAUUUCUGCAUUGAAGCUGAAUGGAAGCCUUGUUACUGCUCCUCUGCUAAAGAAGCCAUCACUAGUAGUGGUAAGAUCUUGGUCUCAGAAAAGGGCGAGUCCAAGAUUGUUUGCCUCACAUCAAGCAAGCUGCAGCUGGAGGACAUUUCAGAUACCCUCUAUUCACGUCCUUCUCUUGUGACCGAGGUCUCAAAGCUUACCGUUAAUGAGCUAAAGAAGCUCAAAUUGGAUGGCACCAUCAUCCAAUCUUCCGAGAAGAUGAAGAAAGGAACAGUAAGAUCAACGUUCACCAUUAACUCUACCAUUGUGGAAAUGCUUCAGGGCAAGAUGGUUGGGCAGCAAUUGCAUCCCAUUCCUAGAUGGUCCGACUGCGAUUGUACACUCUGCAAUUCUUGGACUUCUUCUAGCAAAGACACCCUUUAUGUUAAAGCUGAGGGACCAAAAGAUAAAGCAAGAGAAGAUGUUUUAUUCAUACAUGGCUUCAUUUCGUCGUCAGCAUUUUGGACUGAAACUUUAUUCCCCAACUUUUCUAGCACUGCUAAAUCAACUUAUCGGCUGUUGGCUGUCGAUCUACUGGGUUUUGGGAAAAGUCCUAAGCCAACCGACUCCCUUUACACGUUAAGAGAGCAUGUGGACAUGAUUGAAAAAUCGGUGCUUGAAGCAUACAAAGUUAAAUCUUUCCACAUUGUGGCUCAUUCCUUAGGCUGCAUCUUAGCCCUUGCUAUAGCUGUAAAACAUCCGGGAUCUAUCAAGUCUCUCACCCUUCUUGCACCGCCAUAUCAUCCAGUGCCAAUGGGUGAACCAGCAACACAAUAUGUUAUGAGAAGAAUAGCGCCCCGACGAGUGUGGCCAGUGAUGGCUUUUUGUUCAUCCAUUGGUUUCUGGUACGAGCACAUCAGCCGGACGGUUUGCCUGCUUGUUUGCAAGAAUCACCGUCUGUGGGAAUUUCUCACCAAACUUAUCACCAGAAACAGGAUCAGGACUUUCUUGCUUGAAGGGUUCUUCUGCCACACUCAUAACGCCGCCUGGCAUACUCUUCACAACAUUAUUUGUGGCACCGCCAGCAAGCUCGACCGCUACUUGGAUGCCGUCCGCGACGGGCUAAAAUGUGAUGUCACCAUAUUCCACGGCAAAGACGACGAAGUUAUCCCACUCGAGUGCAGCUACAAUGUUCAAAGGAGAAUCCCUCGUGCUCGAGUUAAGGUUGUUGAAAACAAAGAUCACAUUACAAUUGUUGUUGGUAGGCAAAAGGCCUUUGCCAGGGAACUUGAGGAGAUUUGGAAGAGAUCAACAAGUGAUUAAUCAAUUCUCUUCUUUUCUGGGCGAAAUUAAAGCACAAAAAAAAAAAAAGAAAAAUAACAGUGAAAUCAUUGUGUCCAAUCAAGUGCGUAAGGAUGACAUGAGAUUGGCAGGGUUUUCUAUCUUAAGUCCUCAAGACCUCUGAUUUUAAGUCAAUAUUUUAGGCCAUGUGAAAUCGAUACCCCUAUUAUUGGGGUUGUGAAAUGCUUAAUUAAUCGUAAGCAUAUGACGUUU